AUGCCCUCCCCGUAUGGUCCUCCCAGAAGAUCCCCUGAAGCCGGUAACCGAAUGGAACGCAAUUUGAGGGUGCGGUACGCCAAUGAGCAGUGCAAUCUGAGGAUGGCAUACGCCAAUGAACAACGCAACUUGAGAAUUGAAUACAUCAAUGAACAAUACAAUCUGAGGACAGGAAGGAAUAAUGACCACCAUAGACAGCGGGCGAUAGCUGCUCCUCCGGGGGGAUACGGCCCAUCGUCUACCCCUAACCAUCACCAUAGGGGCCACCACAACGCAAGCAGACACCAGCCUCCCAUGCCUUACCUCCAGCAAGGCCAUCGCCAUGUCCCAGACGAAGGGCGUUGGAUAGUUUGCUCCCAGCAAAGAGCCAGUGCAAAUGCCAUCAUUCCCAGUGCUCUUAUCCCCACCCCCCGCCGAAACACGUCGACCAGGUUGGGCCCUGUUUCCGGGGUGUUGAGGGAUGGUUUGGGCGGUGAAUGGAGGGUGUGGAGUUUGAAUGCUACUCAUACAGCUGAUGGGAAUUUAAAGCUAUAUGCUAUACCGCCACAGGCCCUGGCAUAUUGGUUUGCCGGUGUCACCGGUGUCACCGUCUCCGUCGAGUCCACGAUGGCCGAACGUGCAGAGAGUGCAGCAAAGCGACGGAAGAUCGAGCCUUUCCCCUACCCUCCCAUCCCAGCAGUCGAUCAGGACAAGCAGAACAACGUGUCCGACCCGAAUUACAACUUUCCUUUCAACCUCCGUCUGAUACCGCUGACCCCUUCGAGCGAAUGGGCUCUGUCCGAGGAAACGGCCACAUUUCAGGCAACCAUGGCGAUGGCUGUCGACGCCAACAAUGAGGCGCUGGUGAGGAGCUACCACCCGGCACUUGCCUCCUUUCGCCAUGUGUGGGUGUCCGAGUCGGUGUUCGGGUCCCCCGUCUGGCUGAUCAACGGUCCUGCUCAGCAGGUCGAAGCUGGAGGAAGGGCGAUCCAUCUUUUCCCUGCCGACUACAGCGACCUCCUGCCAACAGGCGUGAUCAGACCUCGGACGCCGCGUCCGUCGCAGAGGCCAUGUUUCACACGCGAUAUCAAUCCUCGGCGAUUCUUUACCGCUGGGGACCUGGAUGUGAUGCGGGAGAUGUUCCCAGACGCUGUCGGUGUGCAGGUCUUGGUCGCAGGGUUUAUAAUCGUUCUGUUUGAGAAGAUGAGCCAGGUUAAAACUGCGUAUAAGCAGGCUUGGCCGUGCGAAAUUGGCGGGAUGCGGGCCUUCUUUGACGUGCAAAACUACAGCUGCACUGCAGCUUCCCUUGCAGCUGGAAUGGAAGUCGCUGGCCACGCCAACGACGACGAGGAUUUCUCCCAAGCCGGAUGCAUGGGCCUGAGACUGCGAUUGUCAGAUGGGUCAAGCGCCAUCACCACCGUCACUCAUGGAUUUGUCAUUAAUUCGAGUGGGUCUCGGGUCUCGCAAAUGGGCGUUUGGUUCCGCAACUUCUAUGGCCGGGUCAAGGCCUCACUCAUGGGCUAUCGCCCAGCCCGGGUGAACGCAGAGGAAGUCACCCCCCCAUACCUUAGGUCUUCGGAUAAGCUUACCAACUGUUCGAUCGGCAAGAAAGUGUGGCUCGCAGCAGCUCAUCAGAAGAUCGGCACCAUUACGCGAACCUUCGAUCACCCGAGUGCGUGCAAGCCCUACCCCAUCGGAUACGACCACGAUCUCUCUCUCAUCACUGACGAGUCUCUCCCGGAGGUGACGAGUCCACCAGGGUACCCUCGGGUGACUGGUUGGGGCGAUUACUCUGCCGCGCUGGAACAGCAGGCUGUCUAUACCGUCUCCCACCAAGCUGAUAUCGACAAGUGGCGCUCCAUCGAGGGCACUGCGGACGGCACCCUCUACAAACGAGUGACUGUUCUAGGCACCGGAUACAUUUGGAACAGAGACUCCCGGUCUCAGAACAGCUUCCUGCUUUGGCAUACCGGGUCGUCCCUCUCCCCCGCGGACGGCUGGUCCGGCUCCCCGCUGUGCCUUGGACGUCCACACGAUGCCACUGCUAAAGCGUUGGUUUUCCAGAACUUCCAGAGCCUGUGUCGGGUGGGUGGAGAUUUCCCGGCCGAAUGCCAACCCACCUUGAUCAAGGCUGGGUUCGUCCUGCCCACUGAGAUCCGGCAGUCCCAGAUAGAGAGUGGUGACUUUUGAAAUUCCAGACCAGCCCGGUCAGGCGAAGAAGCUCAACUGAAUCGUACCGGCGUAUUGUCUCGGGAUUUUGAGG